UUGGGCAGAGGUUGGAAGUAUUUCGUUUUGGUGUUUUGUCCACAGUUUUCAGCGAUUUGGAAUACAGACUGUAUAGUAAUUAUAGGAUCUCUACACUUCAUUACGUUUAGCUGAGUGAAACCAUAAAAGGAGUUACAACCCAGUAGAUAGGGGGAAUGGCAGACCGCAUGAUGGCUAUGAACCACGGACGAUUCCCCGACUCAGCAAACGGUCUUCACCAUCACCACCCAGCACACAGGAUGGGAAUGGGACAGUAUUCUAAUCCUCAUCUCCACCACCAACAGCAGCAGCAGCAGCAGCAGCAGCCGCCUCCACAGCCACAGCUGCAGCACGCAUACAACGGGUUAAUGGGCGAUCAUUUACUCUAUGGAGGGGGGAAUAUGAACUCAAACAACGGGAUCAGGCAUGCAAUGGGGCCAGGGAAUGUGAAUGUAAAUGGGGGUCAUCCCAACAACAACAUACCUCCCAACGCAAGAUACAAUACACAAUAUGCGGCGCCUGCUGUGAAUAGCCAAGGGCAGCUAGCUGCCAGCAUGCAGCUACAGAAGCUCAACAACCAGUAUUAUACCCAUCACCAGCCUGCUCCUCACCAUCACUAUAUGCCGGACUUGCACCCUGCAAACCAUCAAAUGAACGGACCAGGCCAGCAAUACAGAGACUGCAAUCCAAAACGCAGCACCUCAGGCAUGCCCCCUUCAGUCCACCACCAUGUGCCUGCAGCAAUGCUGCCCCCCAAUGUCAUAGACACGGAUUUUAUUGACGAGGAAGUGUUGAUGUCUUUAGUUAUAGAAAUGGGAUUGGACAGAAUAAAAGAAUUGCCAGAGCUCUGGUUGGGACAAAACGAGUUUGAUUUCAUGACAGACUUUGUUUGCAAACAGCAGCCGAGCAGAGUGAGUUGUUAGUCUCACCAGCAGGAUUUGGUUUGGUUGUUUUUAAAAACGUACAAAAAAAGCAUUCCUUCACGGCUACAGUAUCUCUUUUCUUAAUGGCAUUGACUUGGCAGAAAUUGUACAGUGUGGACAUAAUAAUGUUCUUCAGACCAGUGUAUUUAUUUAAGUGUACCUCUAAAAUUUAGAGGUUGGGAGCAUUUUUUGUCAUGAAAGUGUGUUUAACUCAUCUCGGAGGAUGAUGAAUAAAUGUCACUACUGGGGAAUUUUUCCAAGUCUUUGAAAUGCAUUUGAGUUCAUUUAACAAACUCUCAUAAAAUAUGUGUUGUUGAUACAUAGGUCUGGAUAACUAAACACUACCCUCUUAGUGAAAGUCUGACACAUUACUGUGCUAGCACAGAUAUUUAAUUUUCUGUAUUCUUCUGGAAUGAAUUUAUUUUGUAAUGAAGAUGUUAAGAAAAUAAUAUAAAUUAAACACAUUUAAAAUUAUGUAGAUGGCGAAAGAUGCUUUUAGGGAAGUAUUGUGUAAUUGUUAAUGACAGUAAUACACUGUAAAAUGUAUUGGCCAUAUAUUCCAGAUAUUUGUGCUGUUAAAUGAUAUUUGCCUAAUUACAAAGGAAGAAAACUAAAAAAAAAAUGUGUUACACAUUAGCUCAAUGGUGUACAAUUGUUUAAUCUUUGGUGCCAUGAAAUGUUGUUAUUUUCUUAUAUUGUGUGGUGUGGGUUUUUUUGUGUUUGUUUUU